AUGUACAAUAUUUUAUCUCGAAAAGCCAAACGGCAUACGUAUACGACCAUGGCCCAAUACACUGAUGAUAAUGACAGCUCCUGGGAAAGUUUGGACACCACGCAAAGUGAAGGCUUCGAUAUCAGCUGCAAAAAAGUUUCUAGCAACUUUUCUACAUGUUCGAGCAUCAGCUUCGAUUUCCAUUCAUCUUGCAUGUUAGACGGGAGCUUUCGAUCAUCAACGGCCGGAAGCGAAGAAAAGACAGAAGAAGAAUUACAAUGGACUCGGCAGGAUCGUAAAGAUCGUUUUAUGGGAGACUACUACUGUCUUGACUCCGCAUGCCUUCCUCCUCCUCGUCCUCGUUCCGUCCUUGCACCAUCGAGAAAACUGGAGCUGCCGGCAACUCCACCAGCACCCACUGAUUCGGAAAUCAUAGGUCUCAAGACUGCCACUCCGGUCAGAAACGAUCGCUGGAAAGCUCAACUUGGGGCCGUCGACCACAGAAAUCUCUUGUCAGUUCGUUGUGACACGAACAACAAAGAUGAUUUGCCUGUGGAGGAGGUUUAUGAUAUUCAAGGUGAUGAUGAGGAUUUCUCUGAAACCAUGAAAGACGAAGAGUCGACGUUGUCGAAUGCUCUUGAAGAAGAAGAGCCUAUUAGUUCUAACCUUACAAGGAACGAGAGUUGUGCAACCCUUUUGAAAACAAAUCGAUCCGGCGAAACAAAUCGAUCCAACACUUUGUUUUCUGACACGAUUCCCAAGAUGUCGAUUAGAACUACGGAUGCGAUUUUUUACGACUCCACGCAUCUUACUGAACAUGAUAGUGAUUCGUCCUCGCAAAGCUCUUUCGUAUCUUUCGAUGAGUCGUCGACGUUGUAUGAGGUGGCGACCUUAGAAGAAACAACAGACCACAAGCAGGAGAUUGAAGCCGAAGAAACUGUUCGAAAGGCUAAUCGAUCAACGAUUGCAUGCGAUUCAGCAGAGAUUACUGAAGCAGUGUUUCAUCUGGACCUUGCUUCGUUGGAAGUAUGCUCUUACGAUGAGUUGGAGUUUGCAUUGAAAGAUGAGGAAAUAAGGAUGCACGAGAAGACUGAGUUGGAAGUUGGAAGCCAUUGUAAAUCUGCAAAUACCGUGUCAACGCUUGAUGUGGAAUCCUUGGUGGAGUCAUUUUCAUCUCUGAAAACAAAGGAAGAGACGUUGACUGCCUAG